UUCGACCUUCAACGUGGCUGGUCUAGUCUCAGGUUCCUGGAAGGAGGGAGAAAGGGAGGGCGGUGAAACCUGAGAAAGGAACAGAGGGAGGCUAGCCGGGCCUUCCUUCUGAGGCUUCUUAUCUUCCCCACAUUGGAACAAGAAGAGAAAUCUUCAAGAUUGACCCCAAGGUGGCCUUUCCUCGAAGAGCACAGCCCAAGAUGGUCACUCGAACGAAGAAGAUCUUCGUGGGGGGGCUGUCGGUGAACACCACAGUAGAGGAUGUGAAGCAGUAUUUUGAGCAGUUCGGAAAGGUGGAUGAUGCCAUGCUGAUGUUCGACAAAACCACCAACAGGCACAGAGGGUUCGGGUUUGUCACGUUCGAGAGUGAGGACAUUGUAGAGAAAGUAUGUGAGAUCCACUUCCAUGAAAUCAACAACAAAAUGGUGGAAUGCAAGAAAGCUCAGCCAAAGGAGGUGAUGUCCCCGACGGGCUCAGCCCGGGGCAGGUCUCGAGUCAUGCCCUACGGAAUGGACGCCUUCAUGCUGGGCAUCGGCAUGCUGGGUUACCCAGGUUUCCAAGCCACCACCUACGCCAGCCGGAGUUACACAGGCCUUGCCCCUGGUUAUACCUACCAGUUUCCCGAGUUCCGUGUAGAGCGGACCCCUCUCCCGAGCGCCCCAGUCCUCCCCGAGCUUACAGCUAUUCCUCUCACUGCUUACGGUCCGAUGGCAGCAGCAGCAGCGGCAGCAGCUGUAGUUCGAGGGACAGGCUCUCACCCCUGGACGAUGGCUCCCCCUCCAGGUUCUACUCCCAGCCGCACAGGGGGCUUCCUGGGGACCACAAGCCCCGGCCCCAUGGCUGAGCUCUAUGGGGCGGCCAAUCAAGACUCCGGGGUCAGCAGUUACAUCAGCGCCGCCAGCCCCGCCCCCAGCACUGGUUUCGGCCACAGUCUUGGGGGUCCCUUGAUCGCCACAGCUUUCACUAAUGGGUACCACUGAAGCAGGGGAGAGGUGGCAGGAGCGCCCCAGCCUGCAGCUGACUGAGGACCAGAGUGAGCCAGCAAGGGGAUGGGGACACCUCAGCCGCAGCAGCCCAGCCCCUCCGCUGCACCUCGGACCGGACCGCUACUGCCUGUCCCCCAGCCCCUGGGCUCAGCCCCCGCCCUGCUGUUCCCACAUGUCUGGUUCCUACCUACUAAUCUCCCCUUUUCUGACGUUGCCCCCUCUCCCCACCCCCUACCUGCCUCUCCGUUUUGCUUUUAUUUAUUUUGGAUUAGCCGGUUGUUCUCCCCCUACCAGAUUUACCCCCUCGGGUCUGCCCCCUCCUUCCCUGCUGCCCCCUUUAGAACACCCCAAGAAGGCUUUUGUAUUUGUGCAUAGCUAGAGUGGGGCAGGGAGCCUGCUACAGGCCGAAGCCCCAACUGUUGUUUUUUUAUUCUGGCUUUUCCCUCUUUUGCUCUUUACUUUUUUUUUUUUUUUUCUUUUUUAAAGGAACUGUUUUUAAACUAUUUCUAGGUUUGUGAAUGUGAAGCCCCGGGCCAUAGGGGGCAAGGGGCCAGGUGCCCCCCCCACCAGCUGAGAACAAAGUGUCUAUGGGUGUGGGCUCCUGGCCACCUCCCUCCAGCCCUGGAGAGGAGGGCAGCGGGCAGGGCAGCGGGUAGACCAGGCCGAGCCCCUGGAACCAGCCCGUCCUGUAUCAUAUGUAAAUACUGUGAGGUGAAGCCCUAUCCACACCCCUCUCUAAGAUCCCUUGGGGUAUGGGCAUUGCCCGACCCCACAGGGCAAAGGUUUCCCCUUGUCCCCUGUCUCUGUCCCCUCUUCCUCUUCAGACUUACUGUAAGCUUGCAGACCUCAGCUCUGGCCACCAGAAGGCCCACACUGUCAGGCCUCCAGGGUUCAAGGCCUACUCUCCCCCAAAACCCCGUGUUGGGACCAGGGAAGAGGAGGGCCUGCCUAGAGCCACCGCUGGGAAGGAAUUAGCUCUCUGAACGCCACAGCUUAGGCAGGACCUUCACCGUGGGUGGGCAUCAGGGGCACUUCAGUUAGGAGACAAUGCCAGGGAAAGCAAAGGGCUUCUCAGGGAACCCCCACAUUCUCACUGAAGUUCCCCACCAGGAUAGUCCCGCGACCAGAGCCCUUGGUAGCCAGCCCCUUACCCUGGAGCCCCUUUCAGAGGGUGUGAACAUGAAGCGAGACCUGGCAGGGCUGAGGCCUACCUGCUGUCAUCCCCUCUCUGUGUCCUUCCUCACCCAUGUCUGAGGAUGGGGGCUUAAGCUUCCUUCCCCAGCAGAGCCCCCACCCCUCAAAACCCCCCUUGGAGAGUUAACUGUCUAUGUGAGGCGCUCACUCAACCUAUUAGCCCUGAAAACUCAAAGCAAUAAUCUUUGUCACCAAGAUGCGCGGCUGUUUUUUUUUUUGUUUGUUUUUUGUUUUUUGUUUUAAUAUUUCCUAAUAAAAGAGAAGCUGCAUUUUAUUGGUUUUUAUUUUUAAUUUUCUACGCAUCUGAGCUGAGCCCCAGGAGACUUAGCUUCCUUCCCCCCCCCCAUCCCUGGACCCGCUCACCCCACUGGGCCUAACCAUGGGUUCAGGGACCUGGAAUUCCAUUUUCUGUUUUGUUUGAGGAAAAAAAAAUUUUUUUUUUUUUUAAAGAUGUUACAUGGUGUUUUUGAAGCCAGCAAGUUCCACCCUCGGUGUCUCUCCACAUCUGUAACUUCUUUUUCCAGGUCUUCUUUUGUUUUACAUUCCUAAUAAAUUAUUUGAAAACGG